CCCCUAUAUAUCCCCUAUAUCCCCCAUAACCCCCUAUAUCCCCCCAGAGGAGGAGCGCCCCAGGCCGCGCCCCGUGGUGCCCCAGUUGGCCCCGCCCAAGAUCCCCGAGGGCGAGAAGGUCGACUUCGAGGAGAAGCUCCGCAAGGAGGAGGAGGAGGCCAAGAAACGGGCCGAGGACGACGCCAAGAAGAAGAAGGUCCUGUCCAACAUGCCCCAUUUCGGGGGGUACCUGGCCAAG